CAACAAGAAAAAGAGAGAGACAGAGCGAUAGAGAGAGGUGGAUGCACAUGGAGGACAACAUCCCAGAAACAGCGUCAGCAAAGCGAGAGCAUGACGGGAAGAUGAGCUGUCCUCAGGCUGAGUUGGAGGAAAGGGAGCACUCUUUGUCGGAGGAGUUAGAGUGUAAAAUCUGCUACCAGCGCUAUAAUGCACACAGUCGUCGACCCAAACUCCUGGACUGCCUCCAUCGGGUAUGCGCCCGGUGCCUGGUCAAGAUCCUCUAUGUCAGUGAUGGCGCGGCUGGCAUCUGCUGCCCCUUUUGUCGCCAUCAAAUGCAGAUCAGCGAGUACGAGGUGUCAGCCCUGCCCGAUGAUGCCAAUGUCAUGUCCCGCCUGACAUUGGAUGGCAAAUCCUGGAAAUCUGACAACAACAGAGAGGUGGUCCUGUCUCCCAUGAGCUUUUUCUCCUCCAGCCCGUCCAGCGACGUCUCCAACUGCCUCUUUAUCACUAUCAUGGAGGUGCAGAGGGAGCCCCACCAGUUCCAGAAUCCCAAUAGCAGCUCCGACACAGACAACAAUGUGGACUCACUUUCGGCAGGUCCCAAUGGGCAGGUGGACCACGACGCUCUACCGAAGUUCUGCAAUCAUGUCCCUCGUAUCUUGGUGUGGCUGCUGGGCUUCUUGUACUUUGGCUCCCUCCCACUUGGGAUUUAUUUGCUGGUUAUCCAGAGAGUAACACUUGGCAUCGUGUGCGUCAGUUUGGUGCCAUCCAGUCUGACGGUCUGUCUGGUCUAUGGCUUCUGUCAGUGCUUGUGCCAAGGCAUGUGCAACUGCUACUCCAGGGGAUGAAUGCCAGUCAAUCAAAACCGGUGGUGUUAAUAUAGGUGGAAACGAUUACACAUGAUCCAUUAUGUUUGUGUAUUUAAAGGCACCUGUAAGAAGGGGACCAUUUGAAUAGACUAUAGAUGUAUUUCCACAUAAUAGUGAAAGUAUAAUGAUGAAAUGCCUUUGUGUACCUGCUAGUAACUACAAGUUGGUGAGUACCACAAUGAUUAAAUAAAUUGGAUUUUUUUUUAAUACAUGCUCAUGAAUCAUUGACUCAGGCUGCAUAAAUGUGGCCAGUUGUCUAGA